AUGCAAGAAAAGCUUAGUUACGUAAAGUUACUCAACACUAAGCCAGGAUCUCAUCACUGGCACAUGUCGACAAUAAGCAUAGACGACGAUAUAUCGCUUUCUUUGUCUAGGAAACAGACGCAUUCCCAAUACCCUACGAUCAAGUUUUUAACUUUUAACACAUGGGGACUCAAAUUUGUGUCUAAACACAGAAAGGAAAGAUUGAAAGCAAUUGCAGACAAAUUGGCCGGGAUCCGCACGGGUGUUCCACUGCCUAACCUUGAAUCUUUGAGGGAUAGCCCCGAUUUAAAUACGGAGGAUACCUAUGAUGUUGUUGUGCUCCAAGAAAUCUGGUGUAAAGAUGACUGGGAUUAUUUAGUGUACCGUUGCAAAGAUGUGUUCCCAUUUUACAGAAUAUUUUAUUCUGGUAUCAUAUCUGGGCCAGGUCUUGCAAUUUUGUCUAAGAUACCAAUAGAUUCUACCUUUCUUCAUAAAUUUCCAAUCAAUGGUGUUCCAAGUGCCAUCACAAGAGGUGACUGGUUCGUGGGUAAAUCAAUCAGUGUAACAAUUUUGAAAGCAUUAACCGAGGAUACCGCCCCAUUGGCAAUACUAAACAGUCACAUGCAUGCACCUUAUGCUUUAACGGGUGAAAAUGCCUACUAUUGUCACAGAUCGUGCCAGGCUUGGCAUUUUAGCAAGAUUGCAAAUCUAUAUAAGAAAGCUGGCUAUGCCGUGGUCAUUGUUGGAGAUUUGAAUUCAAGGCCUGGAUCUUUACCACAUACUUUCCUAACGUUGGAAACUGGAUUAAUAGAUUCUUGGGAACAAUUAAAUGGGAAGCAAGAUCAAGGUGAAAUUUCAAAGAUGAAUCCAUCCGAUCAGCUAAUAUUUGGAUGUACUACAUGCGAUUCUACAUUAAACACUUGGCGUAGUAAGAAAAGACCCGAUGAAGCAUGUAGGCUAGACUAUGCGUUGGUUGACCCUGCUAAAUUGCAGACCAUAGAAGCUGGAUUAAGAUUUACUGAAAGAAUCCCAAAUGUGGGCAGCUUCUCGGACCAUUUUGCCUACUCAUGUUCAUUGAGGUUUCUACCGCAAGACAUAGGUUUAAAUCCUGUUCUACGUAACAAAAUAUACUCCAAUUCAGAUUUGAAUCUCACACGAGAUCAACUAUUGGAAAAGUUUUCUACUUACGAAGAAUUGAAACUCACCAUUGCUUCUUAUACAAAAGUAGCCAAGAGAAGAAAAUUGAUUAGGGGUGCAUACUUCUGGAUUGCCAUAUAUCUACUGAUUACCAGCAUCACUGUGACAAGUUUCACCUCUCAAAGAGCAGGAUGGUCAUCUGUCUUUUGGGUCAUAUUUGCCAUUAUCGUAUCAGUCUUUGGUACAAUCAACGGCCUAAUAUCGUUCUUAUUCGGUAGAUCCGAACUCAGGGCAUUAAUGGAAAUAGAACAUGAAGUCACUGAUGCAGAACGCAAUCUACAAUCCGUUCUCGACAUGAAACGCACUAGUUUUAUUUUGCCACAAAACUAG